UAUGCAGAAGGAGGUGAUUUAAGAUUCUAUUUAGAAAAACAUUUUAAUGAACUGGAUUUUGAGAAACAAUUAUGGUUUGCUCGUAGUAUUGCAAAAGGGUUGGCGUAUUUACAUUCUAAACAAAUUCUUCAUGGUGACUUGCAUGACAAAAAUAUUGUAAUCUCUCAUGGAAAUGCUAAAAUAAUAGACUUUGGAAACUCAAUGCAUACCAACGAUCAAAAGAAUGUUACACUUUUCGGACAUUUUCCUUUCGUGGCCCCUGAAUUAAUUAAGGACCUAAAUAAUAUUGAAUAUACAUAUAAAAGUGAUAUCUACAGUCUUGGAGUGAUACUUUGGGAGUUGACCAGUGGCCAUGAACCUUUCAAAUAUUCUAAACUUAGUCCUCAAGAUUUAAUAUCGAAGAUU